UGAAUGCAGGACUUGUAUGCUUACUCUGGUAUUUCUACUUUUACCUAAGGACAGAAUCUGAGUACUUCUCAUAUGCCUCUGUUUACAAGCUAAAAUGUUCCUUGUAGGCUACUUUACAAAAUGACCUUUGCUUACUUCAUCAGUAGGACACGUGUUUACCCAACCUGAAAGUGCCUGGGAGGCCAACCAAGCGUCAACAGGCCGCACAAAAGCCCCAUUCACCGGUAACUGAACCCCAGACUAACGCUGCCACGUCGAAAUGUUUCAACAUAGAGCACUGGUCCAAAUGUUUUACUCGGUUUUGUCCAGUGAAGAGGACAGAUAGGGCAAGAACCGACAAUGCAGGGAGAAGCUUGUCUAAGCUCCAUAGUAACACUCUGACCUCACGUUAACUUCUUAUCUCGAGACAAUGGCUUUUAUCCGACUUAAAGGUGUGCCAUCAUACAGCUUUUAUUACAAUCCUCAGGCCACAUUUCCUGCGAUAUUGCACUACGUGUUGUGAGAGGUUUUUGAUGCGAACUGUAAGUUGAAGUCGAUGGGAGCUGGGGCUGACUGGAGAGCAGCUCCCCGGGAAGACAGGCGCUCAGGUUUGUCCCAGCAGCGGAAAUGUGUUGGACCAGUUCUCAGAAAUACCUGCUUCUCGGUGUGUGUGGCCACCGCGGGUUUUGUGCUCCUCCUGGGGGUCAGUCUGCUGUACUUACCGGACCCGUACAAGCUGGAACAGUUUGUCCCCGAGGAGAACCACGCGGUAACGCUCCUGAUAUGGACGCACCCGUUUGGACGGUACCGGAAACUUCCGAACUGCUCUGUUCUUUAUCAGAUCGGCGGGUGCACGCUCACAGACGACGUGCGCGUAUACCCGCAGGCUGACGCGGUGGUCAUCCAUCACCGGGAUGUUGCAACCGGCACCGCUGAUCUGCCACCGGAACCGCGGCCACUAGAACAAAAGUGGAUAUGGAUGAACUACGAGUCCCCCUCGCACACCUCCGGGCUGUGGCGCUUUGAGGGCGUUUAUAACCUCACCAUGACUUACCGGACAGAUUCAGACAUCUUCCUGCCGUACGGGUAUCUACUCCCCCGGGGGAGCAAAACCGAGGGUCUCAACGACCGGUUUGCGCACACGCUCCUCGCCCCCUCGCGCUCACACCUCCUCCGGCCCCGCCUCGUGGCCUGGGUCAUCAGCAACUGGUCUGAGUCCCAUGCGCGCGUGGCCCUCUACCACCAGCUCCGCCGGUACAUCCGGGUGGAUGUGUUCGGGCGAGCUGGCCGGCCUUUACCGGAGGACAGUGGCGGCAGCGUGGUGCGGCUGGUCGGUCGGUACCAGUUCUACCUGGCGCUGGAGAACUCGCAGCACACCGACUACAUCACAGAGAAGCUGUGGAACGCGGUGCGGGCCGGUGCCGUCCCGGUGGUGCUGGGUCCGUCCCGGCAGAACUAUGAGCGCUUUUUGCCCCCCGAGGCCUUCAUUCACGUGGACGACUUCCCCACAGUGCGAGGGCUGGCCCGGUACCUGCUGAUGCUGAGGCGGAACCCGGCCCGGCUGAGGCGACACCUGGACUGGAGAGGGGGCUACAGCCUGCACCAGCCCGCCUUCUGGGCCGAACACUACUGCACUGUCUGCAGAGCGGUGAGGAGGACCAGAGGCAGGGAAGACUCGGUCCAAGACCUGACACGAUGGUUCCACUCGUGACACUCACCUGAGAGACUCUAAAACAGUGGGAUUCACUGCCCAUUCAUUCAUAGCUGUCAAAGUUUACAACAUGCCUGUAUUUAUCAGCAACCAUUAUUGUUUGGGAAACUGUUGAUUUAAUUUAAUUUAAAUGACUUUUUGAAUGAUUGUCUUUCUUGAUAGGGAUGAUGCAAUUUAACACAAUUCCAUUAAAGAGUUUUACACUGAUUUUCCGCACAGAGAAUGUAUAGCUAUUGCUAAUUUUCCACUUGUCUCAUGGGUUUUUACUCGCACAUUGUAGUUAAAUAUAGGCUACAGAUUUCACUUUCAAUCAUAAGACUGAACUUUACUGCAGUUAUGUUGUAUAAUGAUGCAUAGUGUUUGACAGAUUUUGAGAAGCUGGUUUAUUACAGUAAAUAAUGUUUUUGUUGUAAACAUCUUUGCUUGAAACAUUAGUGUCAUGAAACAUUAGUUAUAUGGUGCUACAAGACUGACUAAUAAUUAAGGUGAUACAAUUUUCUUAUGCAAUUUGUCAAUCUUGGCACAAACUUCUACGCAGAAUUGCAAUGGAAAUCAGGGCCUGAAUGAUUGAAUGAAACACAUUGUCUUAAAAGUGGUCAUAAAUAAUAUCAAGAAAAUAUAAUUUCAUAGUAUAAAAUCAAGUAUGUUCAACGAGUGUAUGAUUGAGAUAAUGAAUGUAUUCAGGGUGUGAGUGUUUGAUUCAGUGAGGCAUUAUUGAGACAAUCUCCAAAGUACAUGUUUAUGAGGGGUUAGCACAAAGCCAUGUUAAUCAUCUUGGAUCUGCUUUGCUAUUAGCUUAUCACCAUACAUGGUCGAUGCCUGUGCCAAGCAUCCCUAAAAUAGCACUCUGUUUCUGCACAUCAUUGACCGCUUCAUUGCAGCGCUGGACUGAAUGACCUUAUUAAAGGUGUUGACAAUA